UUUCAAUUUUCAAAAGAAUUUUUAAAAAACAAAAAAAUUAAUUUAAAUAUUCGAAUUGAAAAAUAUUUAUUGAUCUUAGUUGGAAUUUUGUUAUUUUUAAAAAUGGAAAUGACACCAAAAUUACCCCGAAAAUCUCUAUCUUUGACUUCUCGUUUAAGAAAUCGUUCUAGUGCUUCUCCCUCUCCUAGACAUCGCUUGAGAACUUCAAUUGACCCAUCUUCACCAAUUGCAAUUCAGAACGAUGAUUCCAUAGAGGGUACUCCACCGCACAGAAAAUUCACUUUUAACUUCCCAUAUUCGCCGACAAAUGAUACAGACUUUUCUCCACGUUCAAUACUUUCCCAGUCUUCAAAUAAUAGUCCAGAUGUUACCUGGCAAUGGACUCAAGAAGAUCGACCCGCCGCAACUUCAUCAAACACUUCGAAAUCAACUCCAAAUAGCGCCAAUGUUAAGGAACUCCGCAAGAAACGCUCUGUGGAGCGCAAGGAAGAGAUUCGAAGAGCUGAACUGGAAAAACGGAAGACCAAUAAGAACAAAAGAGAUGACUUGUUGAAAAAACAAUGCGAACAAGUGGAAUUAAUCAUAUCCAAAAAAUGCGCAUCUACUUUGAAGUCUGUGGAAAAAGAUUUUGUGGAAAACAAACAAUUUCCCUCGGAACCCUCAGGUUUUCAUGACAUGAAAGAAAAGAAGGAGGAUCUUUUUGACGAUUCUUCUUUUGAUGGAAUCCUCGAGAUAGAACACACGGACUUAGCGAAGCCUUCCGUUGUUUUGGAAAAGAAAGUAAUCACUCCCAGAAAGAAGCAAACUAAUUCCAAUGCUAAAGUUAAGAAACCCGCUUCUCCAAUUAUAUUACCACCACCUACAAACAGUGACUUGGAUCUAUUACUCGAUGAUUCUGAAUCUGAAGGACUUCUAUUGGAAGCAUCACAGCAGGUGGAAAUAACGUUUGAGACAAAAGCAAAGAAGAGUUGUACAAAGGAACUUGAGCGGUCAUUCGAAGAGACUCCAAUUGACAAGGAUAAAUCUUCUACCUAUGAUUUCCUUCAAGAUUCAUUUGAUGAUUGCUUUGCUCUUGUCGAUGAAGAUGCAUUUGCCGCCGAGCCAAAGAAACCCAGAAUGUCUCUGCAGAGGUACAAGUCAAUGCCAACAGAGUCUCCAACUUCAAACAAAGCUAAGAACGUAUUAAAGCCGAGUCCUGAUACGACAAAAAUAAGGAGAUACCCGAGUAGUACUACUCUGCGUCCAAAGAGUAAGUUUCGUUGAAACAACCCCGAACACGGACUAUUUCCACAUACAUAUACACAAUAGCGCCCUCCGCCCACACCUACCUAUACCUUCAUACAAAUUAUGGUGCGCAGUUUCUCUUUAUUUUUUAAAGUCCCAAGUUAUAUAACCAUUCUCUUUCUAAAUUAAAAGAAUUGGAGUAUAGGUACUUGGUUAGUUUAAGUUCUACUUUUAAGUGCUUCUAUGAUGAAUUUUGUGAAGCAUCUGUUACUGUUAUACGAUCAAAAACAAUUGUGAUAAGUUUUCUUGUUGAUAAAUAAAAUUUAAU